AUUUCAAUAUUUCAGGUUGAAUAAUGCAUAUUGCUUUAUGUGUGGGAUUCCAAUGAAGUUUUUGGCUUAUAAUUGCUCAGUCUGGUCUAUUUGGAUGUUUGAAGCUUUAUGCUAUAAGUUGCUUUGAUCGUGCUUUCCAUUCUUUGCAUUUCUUUUUUUUAAUUAUUAACCUUUCUUUAAAUGUUUUGCAACUCUUCUCAUAGGUUUCUAUGCAUGAAUCUAGCUCCAUUGUCUCGUUUAACCUGAAAAGACCAGAUGGCUCUUGGUUUGGAUAUCGGGAGGUGGAAAACUUGGCAUCUUUAUAUGCGAUUCAGUUACGGUUUUGUUUUAGACUGGAUGCUUUUGCAAUCUUGGUGCUUGCAAAAUAUCUUGGCUUGUCUCACUCAAAUCUUCUUUUUAACUUAGAGGCUGGGCAUGUUUGCUGGGAUGACAAUGAUGUAAUAAAUGGAAAACCAACUAGAGCAGUUAGAGUAUGGUUACAUGUCUACUUAUGAAGUUGAUAAGGUAGUUAUUUUUUAAUUUUUUGGUUACCUUUUGAAUUCUGCCCUUUAUUUCUAUUCUAGAAAAAAUAGAUGAACUUUUUUUCUUCUUUUUAUUGUAUUCAUGCAUCAGCUGUCAAGUGAAAUAUAACACAGAAGCUGAACUUGUGUUUAGUCUGUUGAUUUCCAUAGAUAAUAACAUGUUGAGAUAUAUUUGGUGCUUGUUUCUGUUGUUCUGUUUGAUGGUAUUUACUGACUGUUGCUUUUCCUCCGGACAGAAAUUUAUUGAUUUUAUAAUAAGUUCCUUUGUAUCCAUGCCAAGAGAGUUCGAGAAAGGGUACCUACUCAGAUCAAAGUCAAUUCAAUGUGUAAUUGAAGGUUAUUCAGUGUUUUGGUUCAUUUUUAUUGCCAAGGAAAUGAAAACUAUUUGUUAGAUUUUCAAGUUCUCAUUUGCUUGAUUGGCAAAUCAUUCCUCUGUUAAGUAAUU